CUUGCCUUUGGAGCGGGACCGGACGUGGCGGCCAUGGCGCUGCGGGGCGGCGGGCGCUGGGCGCGCUUGGGCUCGGCCCUGCGGGGUCGCUGCUCGGGGCCGAGGGACGGCGGUGACAUCCCGCAGCACCGCGACCUGCGGGCGGCCCUCAGAAAGAUUAUCGACAAGGAGAUUAAUCCUUUCGUGGACAAGUGGGAAGAAGAAGGACAGUUCCCAGCACAUAAAGUGUUUAAAACCCUGGGACAGGCUGGAUUCCUGGGUGUGGAUAAGCCAACAG